AAACGAUCCAUCGUGCGGUGCAUUUGCGUUCCGUCCGUCUAGUGCGUCCUAGUCGUCAGUCAGUGCGUUUGUCGGGAAAUACAAUCGGAUCCCACUUAGUUAUUAAUAUUUGAUUUUAUUGCCGUUGUUCUGACGAUAUCCGUCCGGUCGACAUAUUAUUGCUGAGCGUCCAGUUCGUCCGGACGUUUCUGCUCGCGUUUUUUCUUGAAUUGAGACUGUUAUUGUUUUUUUUUGGGCGCAUUGUUUUGUCGGUCAACCCCAAGCGUGUUAUUAUCACCGCAUAUACGUUAAGCUGUUCAUGACAUAAAAGAAGGUCGACACGAUAAUCAUGUUCGACGCUCUGAAACGGUACCUGCUGCUCGUGUGGAACUUUUUCUUCGGACAGGAUUCAAAUCAAGAAUCUAUCCAGGAUGUGCCUCCUCAAAUGAAAAAUGAAUUAAAUGACAUUGAUAAUCUGAAAGACGAAGAGUAUGUAAGUGAUGAAGAUGAAGAUAUUGAAGAAAUUGAUGCAGAAGAAGAAGAUGAUGAUGAUGAUGAAUAUGAUAUUAAAUUAACAGAAGAUUUUGAACAAAUCGCUAAUGAUGAUAUUACAUUCAAUCCCGAUGAAAAAACGAAACCUCCUAGAUAUGAAGACAUUAAAGUUCCUGAAAAUUCAAAAGGUACUAAUGAUUUCAUUACCAGAGAAAAUGAAAAUUUAAAGCUUGAUGAUGAUAAAAGUAAGGUCAUUGAAAUAAAUGACUUUGUUUCUAAUGAAAAGGGUACAACUAAGGUAGCAAAUAUCGCAGAAAAUAAAGGAAAUGAGCGCCUUACUUCAAACUCUAAUAAUGAUGUUAAAGAAAAUGAAUCUACCAAAAAAGAAAAUCCUUUUGUAGUUCCUAAAUGUGAGGACAAAGAAAGUCAUAAGAAUGUAGAAGAAUCUAAGAAAGUAGAAGAACCUAAGAAAGUAGAAGAACCUAAGAAAGUAGAAGAACCUAAAAAAGUAGAAGAACCUAAAAAAGUAGAAGAACCUAAAAAAGUAGUUGAACCUAAACAAAUAGAUGAACUUAAAAAUAUUGAGGAUACUAGAAAAUUCGAACCAAAAAAAGUAGAAGAAUCAAAAAAAAAUGAGGAAUCUAAGAAAGUAGAGGAACCUAAAAAAGUAGAAGAGGUCAAGAAAUUAGAAGAACCAAAAAAAAUAGAAGAGGCCAAGAAAGUAGAAGAACCUAAAAAAGUAGAGGAACCUAAAAAAGCAGAAGAACUUAAAAAAGUUGAGGAGGUCAAGAAAGUAGAAGAACCUAAAAAAGUCGAGGAGGUCAAGAAAGUAGAAGAACCUAAAAAAGUGGAAGAAUCCAAAAAAGGUGAAAAAGAUUCUAUUUUAUCCCACGUUAAUGGCACGGAUUCAGAUAAAAAUAAUGAAUUUGUUGUGAUAGAAAAAGGUGAUAGUAAAUCAAAACUUUCCAACAAUGAAGAAUUAUUGUUUGAGACUACGAGUAGUUCAAAAAGUGGUGUUUCAAAGACUGACAAUAUAGACAACUUCCUUUUUAGUGAACAAACAAAUGGGCACCAAGAAACUAUACAAGAGCAACAAUUGGAUUAUAGCGAUUCUGGUGAAGAAGAAUUAUCAGACGAAGAAAUUGAUAUUGAUUUCGAAGACGACGAAGAAGAAGAAGACGACGAGGAAGAAGUAGAAGUCGUUAAACCACUUCCUCCUGUUGCUCGCAGUGUUUAUAAAAAAAAAGAUUAACUUAUACAUACAAUUCUGUAUUAAAAGUAUAGGUCUAAAUUAAACUUUAUAUUUGUAUAUUUAAUUAAUAAUAAGUAUAGUGUAAUUAUAUAAACAUGGAAGUACAAACAGUUGAAAAGAAACCAGUUGUUUCCGACAAACAGACAGUAUCGGCAACCGAAGAGACAUCCGAGGUGUCAGAACGUAGCAAAGAGGUAGU